AUGAUGCGCCUCCUCACCGGCGCGGACCAGCGCGACGACAAGAACCGCGGCGGCGGCGGCGGCGGCGGCGGCGGAGGAGGAUUCGUCUUCUCCCCGCGCUCCGUCGACGCCUUCGGGUCCACCGUCAUCGCCGAGGGCGGCGCCGACGACGCGCGCCAUCUCUACUGGGUGCACGCCUGGACCGUGGGCCCCGAUGGGGUGAUCACCCAGCUCAGGGAGUACUUCAACACCGACCUCACCGUCACCCUCCUCUCCGGCUCCGGCGCCGCCUCCUCCACCAAGAAAGCUGACAUUGCAGGCGCUCCGUCUAAGCAGCAGGACGCUGCCUCUGCUUCUUCCUCCUCCGCAUCCCCCUCGGCCGCGUCGUCGUCUGCAGCUGCAGGGCCCAAGUGCCUGUGGCAGAGCCGCCGCGCCGACAGCGCGCAAAAGUCGCUGCCGGGCCUCGUCCUCGCCAUCUGA